GGAGGCGCCGCGCCCCGACCCGGCACGCCGUGGAAGAGCCGCGCUUACGGCCCUGGCAUCCAGGGACUCCACGAGGAAAUCAUCGACUUUUAUAACUUCAUGUCGCCUUGUCCUGAGGAAGCAGCUAUGCGGAGAGAAGUGGUUAAGCGGAUCGAAACGGUCAUCAAAGACCUUUGGCCAACAGCUGACGUACAGAUAUUUGGCAGCUUCAGUACAGGUCUCUAUCUCCCGACCAGUGACAUUGAUCUGGUGGUCUUUGGCAAGUGGGAGCGGCCACCUCUACAGCUGUUGGAGCAGGCACUGCGGAAGCACAGCGUGGCUGAGCCGUGCUCCAUCAAGGUCCUGGACAAGGCCACGGUCCCCAUUAUCAAACUCACUGACCAGGAGACAGAAGUGAAAGUCGACAUCAGUUUUAAUGUGGAGACUGGAGUGCGAGCUGCAGAGCUCAUCAAGAGCUACAUGAAGAAGUACUCCCUGCUGCCGUACCUGAUUUUAGUGCUGAAGCAAUUCCUCCUGCAGAGGGACCUGAACGAGGUUUUCACAGGUGGAAUCAGCUCCUACAGUCUCAUUUUAAUGGCCAUUAGCUUCCUGCAGUUACAUCCACGAAUUGAUGCGCGGAGAGCAGACGAGAACCUUGGAAUGCUUCUGGUAGAGUUUUUUGAACUGUAUGGGAGAAAUUUUAAUUACUUGAAAACUGGUAUCCGAAUAAAAGAAGGAGGUGCCUACAUUGCCAAAGAAGAGAUCAUGAAAGCCAUGCCCAGUGGAUACAGACCGUCGAUGCUAUGCAUCGAGGACCCCCUGCUGCCUGGAAACGACGUGGGCCGGAGCUCAUACGGGGCCAUGCAGGUGAAACAGGUGUUUGACUACGCCUACAUCGUGCUGAGCCAUGCUGUUUCCCCCCUCGCCAGGUCCUACCCCAACAGAGACUCCGAGAGCACACUGGGACGCAUCAUCAAGGUCACACAGGAGGUGAUCGACUACCGGCGCUGGAUUAAGGAAAAGUGGGGCGGCAGGGCCAGCCCAGCACCUGAGUUUGACAACAGGAUGAAGAUGAAGGAGCACAUCACCACCUGCAACGGGGAGCAGACUAAAGGCCGGGACCCAGGCUCACCCUACAGCCAGCGCCUGACCUUGUCCCUGUCCAGCCCCCAGCUCCUCUCCUCGGGCUCCUCUGCCUCCUCUGUGUCUUCGCUCUCUGGGAGUGACAUAGACUCGGACACUCCGCCUUGCACUGCACCCAGUGUUUACCAGUUCAGCCUCCAGGCCCCCACGCGGCUGAUGGCCACCCUUCCCACAGCAUUGCCAAUACCCAGCGGCAAACCUCAGUCCACCACUUCGCAAACCUUGAUCAUGACCACGAAUAACCAGACCAGGUUUACGAUCCCACCCCCGACUCUUGGAGUGGCUCCUGUCCCCUGCAGACAGGUCAGCCUGGAAGGCACAGCGUCCCUGAAAGCCGUCCACCAUAUGUCUGCCCCCACCGUUCCCUCCACCCCUCACCCGCUGGCCAGCCCUCACCUGUAUCAUAAGCAGCACAACGGCAUGAAGCUAUCGGUAAAGGGCUCACAUGGCCACAGCCAAGGCGGUGGCCACAGCUCAGUGGGCAGCGGAGGUGUGCGGCCGCCCGUGGGGAACCGGGGCCACCACCAGUACAACCGCACCGGCUGGCGGAGGAAGAAGCACACGCACACGCGGGACAGCCUGCCUGUCAGCCUCAGCAGAUAA